AUGCGCAGGCACAAUUUACUUGGCCCGUCGUCCUCCGUUGUCACGGGUUCCACUCCUCCGCCAGCCCACCAUAUUCCUCGUCGUCCCCGUCGUCGUCGUUCGCCAGGCCCUUCAUCUUCAUGGUCGGCAUUUUUCGUGACCGUCGUAGCAUCAGCCUCACCCGCGGAGAGUCGCCCCUUUACCGCUCAAGCCACUCCACCGCCAGAUUUCCUCUGCCCACACUUCGGGAACAUUCCAUGUCGGAACUCCUUCUCCGCUCCCACAAGUUCUCUUCCCCCACAGAGCAGCGUUACUCCAGUCUCGGUCGCAUUCACACAACAAGUGCCGAGAAGUGCAAGCGUCGCAGACAAGUUUGUCCAGGGUGAUGAUAAGCGUUGGCGUAAAACCGAUAUGUGGUCUCUGUACGGCUCCACUAUAUGCAUGGCGUCCGAAUGCUCGGCAGUCCCAAUUUCGACCGUCCAAAUUGCCGAAUCUGCUUCCUCCAGCUAUACGUCUUCGACCUUUGUACAUUCUUCCAGUACUCCAUCUCUCCCUUCAGGGUGGCCGACGAAACCCAAGGAUGACAAUGUAACAACCCCAGUCAUUGUCACGCUGUCUCUUGUCCUCGCCCUCUGCAUCUGCUCUAUCAUCACACUAUGUGUGAUGUGGCGAAAGAAGCGGCGUCUCAAGGCUCGGAGCGAUUUGGAGAAGAGAGCGCGGAAGGAUAGUCUAGGUGACGACUCUGAUAAUGAGUCGGAGGAGCUCAAGCACUUCCGCUCUAAACAGAGGAUAUGGGCCAAAGCCACGGCGCGGUGGAAGGCCAAUAUCCGACACUCCGUGCGGAGGAGGAGGAAGCACGCGGCGUCAGGACCCAAAGACACUGGUUUCCGGACGUUGGUCGAGACAUGCCAAAAUUCGCAGUCUUCCGCGUCUCUACCGCGCACUGCAGACAGUCAUGAUUCUGCGGGCUAUGAAGCUGUCAACGACAUCUCGUCUUCACUGCAGUCUCAUGACCCAGUAAAUGCUCAUGUGAUCCAUCCUCCGAGCCCUACCUCUUCCCCUACUCAACCUCCAGCAUAUUUAUCAAAUUCUCCAGCAGUGUGCGAUGACUUGGCUUAUGCGCAUUGCUCGCAGAAUCUCUCCCCAUACCCCAACCUUAAUGAUACCACACCAUCUAGCUCGGUUUCAGGGGGCGCGAAUCCGGACAUCGAAUACCAGGAGUCUUUUAGGGCAGCACACGUCGCCACAGACGACAAAGCAGUACUGGCACGUAUCGCAUCCAUGGCUAGCGCGCCGCCUUUCACCGACCUUUCCUCAUCUGAGGAAUUGACCGUCUCCUACGCCUCGGUACCUGCUCUUGACGACGAAUUCGAGGACUUGCCAUUCGGCAUGCAGGUCUCUGACACGGAGCCAGGUGCAUCACGGAGCUUAGGAACACUUCCGCCGGCGAUGUCGCAUGAACAUGUCGAUGUGCCCUCUUAUUCGUGCGAUGUCUUCCCGCAGCCGUCUCUUCUUCCCCCGCCGCCCAUGAAGGCCCUGGCGGCGUCUAUGUUCUACGAGUAUCCGUCCUCCUUCGAGGAGGAUUACUGCGCGGAGCCUGAGGCGCACCCAUCAGCGCCACCGUUUGAAGUCGAGAGCUCCGCCGUACCAAGUGCUCCGCCGCUUGAACUCGAUUUCGAGUCGGGUGACGUCGGGGGUCUGCUACCGUCCGCUCCGCCUCUGGACGAUGAAGUCACUGCCCGAGGGAGUUCUCUCACCGCAGCACCGCGAGAGCCCGCCGAUCGCGGUGCGGAGUCGUCCUCAUCCGCAUCCGCUAUGCGUCGUGCGCCGUCGCCGCCGUGGAGUGCCAGUCCGCCGCGUUACCUCCCUUAG